AGUUGAAUUCUGACUUUAAUCUCAGAGUGGAACGCCCACUUGUUAUAUUCUGACUUUAAACUCAGAAUUCUAAGUUUUUUCUCAGAGAUUAAGAAAAAUAUUUUUUUAUAGUUGGUGGCCCUUCAGCGCCGUCGUAGUUACUCCAGUUGAGUCCAGUUAUAUUAUUAUAGCUCAGUCUCAGUGAGUGGUCUAGUCAAGUGAAUUGACCUAAGUUGUUUGCGUGCUGGUGCACCAAAUGUAAGCUAAAUUAAGUCUUAAAUAAGUUUGCGAGAUGUAAAAUCUGUAGUUGUUAUUGUGAAUUGUAGCAUUUUGAAAUAUGCGAAAAGUUGUAAUAAAAAACUUUUUAGUGGAAAAUAAGAGUGCUUCUACUUACUUGGCUAGGUUAUGUUUUAGUUUUCCAAAUCCAAGAAAUGGCCAUUUAUCCCAGCAAAUCAUCCGUAUUUUUGUUGGGAUUUAGCAUUGGGGUUAUUUUUGCGUUUAUUUUGACUGUGAGCAAAGAUAAAUUUGGUAGAGUUGUACCAAAUAAGAAUAUUUAUUAUGCACACACAGCUCUACAUAACCCUUCAACUAACCAUGAAGAAUUUUAUCACAAAUGGUUGAAAAAGAUGAGAUACAUGACAUACAGGGUAAACUUUGAUUAUUAUAGUUACUCUGGAAACCAAUCAUUAGCUACCUUUUUAGAAUCACAACUUUUUAAACAUAAAGUAAAUAUAAUGUGUGUAAUGUUUGUGAAAAAUGUCAACAAUGCUUAUGCUGCUAUGAAUACAUGGAUGAAACACUGCAAUCAUGUGAUGUUUUAUGGCCUUAAGCCUGAAAGUUAUAUUAAAAUUACUGUGAUGAGGCCAAAGAGUUCCUGGCAUUAUUUAUGUGAAGUAAUAAAUCACUUGGACAAAAGUGGAAACAACUACCAGUGGGUUUUAUUUGUACCUGACGAUAUUUUUGCAAUACCUGAAAAUUUAAGAUACUAUUUGUUUGGUAAGAACUACGAAGAUUUAUUUUAUUUUGGACGUCCAGCGUUUUUGUGGAAUGUACACUAUAACUUUGCUGGAGCAGGUUAUGUUUUAAGUAAAGGAAGUAUCAAAGCUCUAAGGUCACUCUUUCCUUCUUCAGAAUCAUGUGUGAAAAGUGGAAAGUAUUGGAAAAACGAAGACUAUUACCUUGGUAAAUUCCUGAUAGAGCUAGGAGCACCUCUAAUAGACACAAGGGAUCAGCUGGGCCGAGACAGGUUCCAUAUGUUCACUCCAGCCCAGCUGAUGGCACCUGGGAACGAACAGAUCCUCAACAACUACCACAAGAACUGUCUAUAUCCAGUUGUUCAGGGCCAAGAUUGCUGCAGUUCUCAAUCUGUUACAUUCCAAGGCACAGAUGCUGCUCACAUCUACUUCUACCACUACCUCCUCUACAACUUGCACGUACACUUUCAUCCCGGACAUCUGGGAAACAACAAGUCUAGGAGAUUCACCCCAUCUGACCAGGUGUGGCAGAGGUUUGUUUCGGAUGAGCUCGGACCUGAUGUUAAUCUCUCUGCGAUAUCACCAGACCAGUAUUAUGAACUGUGGAGCAACAAAGUCGACUCUCCAAGUAGCUUCAAUGAGAAGUUGAAAGCUUUGUUUUUGGGUUGUAUUGAAAGCUUCAAAUGAAAACACAACUUACAUAAAGCCGCACUUUUGAUUUAAAUAAAAUGUUAAACGCAAGUUGUGGUUUUUAACACAAGUGCAAUGGUCAUUAAGAAGUCAUUCCAAAACUUCCACAAUUUAUUGAAGAUACUUUUUGACAUGACCUCAUAUGUUUAGAUAAUU